AUGAGAGUUGUCCCGACAUUGAAGAAGUCCGGCUAUCAAGGUUGUGCAGUGCCCAGUGGGCUGGCACCAGCCUGUUGGGGUUUUUUCGCACACCAAGGUGCGGGCGCCCUACCAGCGACUGCUCCGGGCCCCCUGUGGAGGCUCUUUGUGGAGGCAGGGCUGUCUCCGCGCUUUGGAACACACUCACUGCACUCUGAAGGUGUGACCGCUGCCGUUAACAACCGUGCGGAUUGCAGCUUGGUGCAGCAGCUGGGUGCUGGAAGAGUGCGGAGGUUUCGAGAGCAUAAUGGUGAAGACAGCACCGCGGCUGGGGCAUGGGUGAUGACCCUCUUGACCUAUACCAACCAGUGA